UAUUUAAUUUAAACUAAUAUAAUUUUACAGAUAAUUGCGGGAGGGACUCUAGUAUGUGGAGGAACACUGAUCACAGUACAAAACGUUCUUUCCGCAGCGCGAUGCUUCUUUGAAAGGACCCAAGUAAUUAGCACCGAUGAUUUGAAUGUACGCGCUGGAACCACGGACAAUAAUUCGGGCGGGACAAUUAUCCCAGUAUUACGUCUAGUUGUACAUGAGCGAUAUAUUGUACAUGAGGGAUAUAACAAUCCCCUACGUGAUAAUGACAUCGCUGUCUUGCGAACGUCUUCACAGUUCACUCUGGGCCCCAAAAUCGGUUUAGCCUAUAUACCCUAUCAGGAUGAUGACGUGCUUGAUGAUACUCCAUUGGUAAAACUUGGAUGGGGAACCAUGUCGGUGACUGGAACCCAAAUGUCGUCUGUUCUGAGGCAGGUGGUUCUGCUGAAGGUUAAUCGGACAGUAUGCAUUGAGAGGUACGAACUACUCGUAGACACAUACAACAUCACUGACAACAUGAUGUGCGCUGGUAUGCUAGAUUACGAAGUUCCGGCGGGUGCUUGUCGUGGCGAUUCUGGCGGUCCAGUGCAUUUCAUUAACGAUAUUGUGGUAGGAAUUGUGUCAUGGGGACAUGAAUGCGGACACCCACGCAUCCCCGGCGUGUUCAUGCGUGUGGCCAGAUAUAGUGACUGGCUUAAUACUACGGUGACAUAUAUCAACGGGAGUUCAUCUGUGAGUGAAUCGAGAAUAAUUCUAUUGUUCACACUCAUCUGUGCAAUGCUCCACUGGCAGUCACGCUAGGCAAAAUUUAAUAUGUACCUAUAUCAUGAUCUAUAUAUCCCAUUUUACAAGUUUUUAUAUGUUGUUUGAUUUUUACAUUUUAUUUUAUGUAUAUUUAAUGAUUCUGUUUGAAAUGUUUAUAACUUAAAGAGAACAUAAGUACAUGAAUACUUUUAUGAAACAUAUCGAUAAUUAAAUUC